UAGAGUGCAAACCUGAUCCAUGCAUCCAGACUUAUUAUGUGUUCAGGAUGAAUUGGAUUUAUCGGACUUUUUAUUUCAUUUUCUUACUUACUUCCGUUUACAGUGAAUGUGUGACUCAGAUCUAUGAAAAUACAUUCUUCCAAGGAGGAGACCUCACUACAGUUUUUACACCGAGUGCCAAUUACUGCCAAAUAGUGUGUACUUACCAUCCUACCUGUCUGCUCUUCACCUACUUGCCAGCGACAUGGACUAAAGAUCCUGCAAAAAGGUUCUCCUGCUAUUUAAAAGACAGUGAUACAGAAAUGCUGCCGAAAGUGGAUAUGGAAGGAGCUAUCUCUGGACAUUCGUUAAAACAGUGUAACCAAAUUAGUGCUUGCAGCCCAGAUGUCCACGUAGGACUGGAUAUGGAAGGGAAUAUUUUCGAUAUUACUAUGGCUGGCAGCUAUCAAGAGUGUCAAAAACGAUGUACCAAUGACAACCGUUGUCAUUUUUUUACAUAUGCCUCUGAAACAUUUCAUAAUGCAAGCUUUUGUAAAAAAUGCUUAUUGAAACAUACCAGUGUAGGAAUUCCAACCAACAUAAAGGUGCUUGAUGAGGUUGUGUCUGGAUUCUCUCUAAAGCCAUGCCAGCUUUCUGAAUUAGAUUGUCAAAUGGACAUUUUUGAAGAUCAAGUGUUUUCAGGAAUUAAUAUUACAAGUUUUUUCACUCCUGAUAUUUCUGUCUGCCAAACUAUUUGUACAUAUUUUCCAAAGUGCUUGUUCUUUACAUUUUUUACCAGGAAAUGGCAAAUAGAAUCUCAAAGAAAUCUUUGCCUUCUGAAGACAUCAACAAGUGGAAUUCCAGAGGAACUCAUAUCACAAGAAAAUGCUGUAUCAGGCUUUGGCCUCCUAAAUUGCAGAAGAUCUCUUCCUGCCUGCAAUUCUCGCACUUACAUGCAGAUGGAUUUUUUGGGAGAUGAACUUACUGUCACUUAUACUAAAGGACACAGAGCCUGUCAGCAGGUUUGCACAGACAUGAUCCGCUGCCAAUUUUUUUCCUAUUCUCUCCUCCAAGAUUCAUGCAAUGAAGAAGGAAAGUGUGAGUGUCACCUAAGAAUGUCCUCAAAUGGAUCUCCAGUGAAAAUAGUGCAUGGACCAGGAAGUAUCUCUGGAUACUCACUAAGAUUAUGCAAAAAAAAGGCCAGUACUGUGUGUAUGCAGCAUUCUGCAAGAACAAUUAGGAUCGUUGGUGGGACAGACUCCUCCCCUGGUGAAUGGCCGUGGCAGGUCAGCUUGCACGCCAGGCUGUCUCGCCAGAGACACCUGUGUGGGGGCUCCAUCAUCAGCAACCAGUGGAUCCUCACAGCUGCUCACUGUGUCACGAGUCUAGAGAAUCCCAACAUUUGGCGUAUUUAUGCUGGCAUUUUAAGACAAUCAGAAAUAAAUGAGGAUACACCCUUCUUCAAAGUGGAAGAGAUUAUUGUUCACUCUCAGUAUGAAUAUGCACAGAUUGGAUAUGACAUCGCUUUAAUGAAACUUGCUGAGCCUAUGAAUUUUACUGAUCUUCAACAACCUAUCUGCCUGCCAUCAAAAGAAGACACUAACAUAUUUUAUACUGAAUGUUGGGUAAUUGGAUGGGGUUACAGAAAAGAAAAAGGUCGGGUACAAGAUAUUCUUCAAAAGGCUCCUGUUCCCUUCAUGUCAAAAGAGGAAUGCCAGGCAAGGUACCGGAAGCGCAGAAUAGGUGACAAAGUGAUCUGUGCUGGCUACGAUGAAGGAGGAAGGGAUGCUUGUAAGGGAGAUUCAGGAGGGCCACUGUCAUGCAGGCACGAGGAGGUGUGGUAUCUGGUGGGCAUCACCAGCUGGGGCGAAGGGUGUGCUCGCCCCAGGCAGCCGGGAGUCUACACCAAAGUUGCUGACUAUGCAGACUGGAUUCUAGAAAAAACGACAUAGUAUGAGCAUUACUGACUCACUCAAAAUGUUGCUGUGGAAUAACAACCCUCAGAGCAAUGGCAUAAAGCGUAUUAGUGCUUUUUCAAUGGUGGUUUUUGUUAGCCUGGAGUGUACUUGUUUUAAAAUGCAGAAAAUCAGGAAUGAAUGAAUUUUCCUAUUACUAAAUAAAAAAGCAGUAAUAACAAUAAACUCUGUGAUCACUGAUUUGGCGGAAGAAAAUAUGGCUGAGCCACAGAGUUCUUCUGUUCUUGCUAGCAUAAAACGGGAGUGGAUGAUGUUGCAGGACAUGUAUGGACCUUGGAGCUGGGAGCUACUUCUGUCUUAGGAGGUUGCCACACAACAAAAAGAAAUUUCCCUCUCUUGUCUGAAUGUAGUUAAAAUGGGUGAACCAGUUAGAAGCUUACUGGAGGGCUGGGGGAAGGGAAGCUGAGGCAUGGAAAUGCCUACACAGUUGCAUUCCUCUAGUUUCCCUGGGAAAUUAACCAAAAAUGUGUCACUACUAAGCAAGAAAACAAACCCAGAGGUCUUGGCAGAGGGACACACGUGAAUGCAGACACCACCAAGCCCAGUCCAUGCUGGAAAAUCCCAUCCUGCUUUUCCCAGCAGUCUGCCAAGGGUUUGCACAAAUGUGGUUUACCAUUGUGCUGUGAUCUCCACUGGGCUUUGAUCUUCUCAGGACCAAGUCAGGGAGCUCGAGCCUGACCCUUAGGGUGCCUGCAGGUUACCAAACACCCAUGUUAUCUGCUCGAGGCACACAGAACACAAACAGUGGAAGGCAUAAGAUACUUUUUUUUUUCCUACAUUGCUGCUCUCCAGACUUUUUGCAUUCCCAGCUGCAAGGUCACUUGAGUGUGUUUACAGUUCCCACCAGUCUUCCACUUUUAACCAACCCAUUGCUCUCAAUGAGCUGUCACCUACAUUAUUCUAAUUUCUGUGGAUAAUUUUGUGAUGAGAAGGAUAAUGAGGGUCAACUUCUCUUGAGGAAGAAUAUCCAGAAAAUCAAUAAAAGGAUCCCCCCCAAGAUAUAUUUUU